UUUAGCAGCCCUGGUCCCGUGUAUACAACCUCCACCACCACGUCGCGGUCGUUUACCACCACUACCAUUGUAACGAGCCUCACUACCACUACGCUAACCUCUUACCCAUCGUCAUCGUCAUCGCCAUCACACCAUGAGUUUGGCGUUCGUCGUACGUUUCAUACGGAUAGUGGAAGGAUGCGGCUUCGUUUCGAUGCGUUAGUAGUUGGAAACAAGCUCAGGUAACGUUGUGUCGCGUCAAGUGAACAGUGUACGUUCGGUGCAACGAUUCUCGAUAACGCGACAGAGAACGCAAACGAGUUCGCGCGAGCAAAGUACGGUGAGGGACAAUUAAGACCAGGAAUCAUUCGAACAAUUUCCGUGGCGGAGGUGCACGCUGGAUACGUUCCUUGGCAGUGACCGAGAGUGUCCCGGGGUGUAGUGCCGUCUGAAUAACUGUCUUCAGAAUUCUCUGCGUUAUCAUGGAGCCACCGAAAAAAGAGAAGAAACACAAGGAGAAAAGAAGGAGUAACGAGAAGAGGAAGGAGAAGUCCCGAGAUGCCGCGCGGUACCGUCGCAGCAAGGAGACGGACAUAUUCACGGAAUUGGCGACCGCGCUUCCGCUCUCCCAGGACCAGGCCGCGCACUUGGACAAAGCUAGCGUGAUGAGGCUAGCCAUCGCUUAUCUGAAAGUGCGCUCGGUUGUCCAGUCCAUGCCAGCUCCACUGGCCAAGUCCGAGACAUCGACCCAGAUGGACAAGCUGUUCUCCGAGGCGCUGAACGGUUUCAUGCUGGUGCUGUCCAGCGAUGGGAACAUGGUCUAUCUUUCGGAGAACGUGAGCGACUACCUGGGCAUUUCGCAGAUGGACAUGAUGGGUCAGAGCGUGUACGAGUACAGUCAUCCGUGCGAUCACGACGAGCUGCGCGAGUGCCUCUCCUCAAAGCCGCUGGAGAGCAACGAGAAGCGUUGCUGCAGCUUCUUCCUGCGGCUCAAGUGCACGCUGACCAGCAAAGGGAGGAAGGUGAACUUGAAGAGCGCUUCGUACAAGGUGAUCCACUGCACCGGCAGAUUGACGUACAUUCGCGAGCCCGUGCAGCACACGCCGGAUACCGACGAGAAGGAUCGCAAGAGCGAGGAAGACGAAGGCGAGCACGACACUGGCGCCUCAUUGGUGCUCGUCGGAUGCCCCAUUCCGCAUCCCAGUAACAUAGAAAUCCCUCUGGGCCGCCACACCUUCCUCUCGAAGCACACCCUCAGCAUGAAGUUCACCUACGCCGACGAAAAGUUGGCCGAGUAUCUUGGCUGGAAGAGCGAGGAGCUGAUGGGGCAGUCUGUUUUCGAGUUCUAUCACGCCCUCGACAAUCUGGCCCUGGACAAAUCUUUUAAAUCACUGUUCAGCAAGGGUCAGUGCGAGACCGUGGCGUACAGAUUCCUCGGCAAACGCGGAGGAUACGCUUGGGUGGUGACCCAAGCCACGCUGAUCCACUGCACCAAGCAACAGAAACCGCUGUCCGUCGUCUGCGUGAAUUACAUCUUAAGCGGCGUGGAGCGCGAGGAUGAGGUGUACAGCGCGCGUCAACUGGCAGCACGUGACACCGAGAAGAGUCUCGUGAAGCCGGAGAAGAAGAAGCUGCUGCCGAGCGUCUGCGAAGCAGCCGUGCAGCCGGCCACGAAGCUCCGGCUCCAGGUGCAGGUGACCGAGACUGGAAAUCUCGAGGAGCCCGCGGUCGACCCGCCGAAGCCGAAGAACGCGCAGCAGCAGCAGCAGCAGCGGCAGGAUCACCGGGAAUCGGUGGACAGGGCGAAACCGUUGGCAGUCACGACCUCGACGUUCCGCGCGGCGGGCCAGGGCGUGAAAAAGGAGCCGGCAGGGCUCCGGGACGGCUCGCGGAAGGAUAACACCUUCCCGAGACCGGUCCGCGACGCAGAGAAAUCGUUCGUCGGCGUGCAAGCGCUCAAGGAGUCGCUCGAGGAGUCGCUCAAGGAGAACGACCAGCCGAAACGGAAGAAGAUCAAUCCGCGACCGACCAAUCGUCCUCCGUUCAUCUUCCAGGGCAAGCCCGCGUUGGAAUACGAUCCGGAGAGCACAGUCCGUCGCGAGCGGCCACAGGCCGUCACCAGACAAUUGUUCGUGCCGAUCUCGCCGCAGCAACAGCAACAGCAGCAACAGGAACAGAUCACUUGCAGACCACCGCCCCAGACUGCGACAGCCAGCAUUUUCGCGCCUCGUACCAAGGACAUGAACAAGGGCUUCUUGACAUUUAGCGAGGAUCAUCCAGGUCUUACCAUGUUGAAGGACGAACCGGAGGACUUGACGCAUCUGGCGCCCACACCCGGCGACGUGUGCGUGCCCCUCGAAGACACGCCUUUCCUCUCCGACAUGCUCGACGAGUUCAUCCUCGGCAACGACAACUAUUGCCCUCUCCUGAGCCCCAGCGCCGGCCUCGCCACGGAACUACGCUCGACGGAUUUCGGCGACCCGCUGAAGGACACCGACCUCGGGGACACCUCGAGGAACAAGGGCCUCGGAGAGUCGCUGGCCGACAGCGACCCGUUCAUGUACGGCGACUCGCCGAGCAGCCCGUGCAGCAUCGAUCCGAACUCCGUCUCGCCGUCCCUCGUUAAAUACCGUCAACAGAGCCCAGAACGAAGUAUGGAUUCCCUGGGCAGCCCGACGGGCGGCAGCGGCGCGGAAGGCCUCUCCGAAGACGAGAUGCUGAUGCUGGGCCUGAGCGACAGCAUAGCGGACGACGAGCUGGCGCUGAGGGCUCCUUACAUACCCAUGUCGGACCAAGACGAAGCUCUGGACCUCUUGAUCAGCGACGACAUGGUGAUGUGGAGUCCACCGCAGACCACGGAGAAGAACUGUCCAAAAUGGAUGCUAGACGAAAAGGAGCAACGAAUGACCGACUCGAGUUUAGCACAGCUCCUGAAGACGGACCAGGUAGUCUCUAGAAAAUACAACGACCACGGUGGCGGUCUGGUGAACCCGGUUCAAGUCCUCGGUCAGAUACCGAGGAAAAGUGCCAGCCUGGACGCGAGCCACUGGUCCUCGAAGCUGGACAGACCCAGCAAACGCAUACACACUGCCUCGCUAGACACGGGUACCGAGAACAAACGCCUGAAGUGCGACGAGUCGAGUCGCCGCGGCAGUCCCCUGAGCCUGGAGGACCACUUGCUGGGCAAGCAGCACCAGCAGUCGCCGAGGAAGCCGGCGAACAUGAACGGCAGCCAGCUGCUCCGUCGGCUGGUGUCCCAGCAGACGGUCCAGCGGAGCAGCGGCAGCUACAACGGCGAGUCGUACACGAACAGUCCCCGGCGGGGCGAGAACCCGGGCCGGAUGCAGAGGGACUUGGAGAUGGACGAGGCCGAGGGGGACAGCGGAGGCGGCGGAAACGAGGACGGGGGAGGCAGCGGGACGCGGCUCCCGCCCGAGCGGACGAGCCCCGGGUGCAGCAGCGUGCUGAUGAACCUGCUGGUGUCCGGCUGCGACGACAAUUUGAUGGAGUCCCGCAACGUGCCGACGGCGCUGCCGAAGAGCCUGACGAUGCCGUUGUCCGUCAACCUGGAGAACCAAAUGGUGCCUCAGUGCCCUCCGUCCGGAGGAUCGACAGGGUCGUACGACGAUCUGAGUCCGGACCCGGGCAAGCAGCUGUCCGGCUCGUUCAUCGGCGAAGGACCACUCGUGUCGCCCUCCUCGUCGAUGAUCAACUUCGAGAACUACGAUUACGAUCCGAGCUUGACGAGUAGCGGCCUGCUGCAGGUGCAGCCGGACCUCUUCGGGACCCUCUUGGAUCGGGAUCUCGUUUAAACAACAAGAAGGAUACAAUACCGAGCGCGUGAUAUGAUACAUAGUAGACUGCGUUUGACAUUCAAACUAUCGGACCGUCGAUGAGAUCGGUAAGCUUUCUUUGAGGAACUACGAGUCACCUUUGACAAGAGAACCUAAACAGAUCGAUUCGUUCAGCGCUGGAACUAUUGGAUGGGAAUCGGCGAUUUUUCUUUUAGAAUUAUUGGACAGAUAGCUUCUUUGAGAAACGAUUAAAGAAAUUCGAGAAUACCUAAAUUGAUGUGGUUAUAGAGUCUAGAGAAGGAAUUCAAAGGUCAGUUCAAGUGCUCGGUAGUUCUAGGGUUGAUUCUCAGCGAUCUUAGAUCCUGACAGCUGCUAAGCAGAGAACUCGGAAUCCGAGACAAUUUGUCCGAUAGUUUAAGAUGCUCGAAUGGACCUAAUGAAAGCCUAGACGAUCCGGGCGGGUCCGCAGGCGUUGAUAUUUUUCCACUGAUCAAUCCCGCACACGUUUCGAUCCGAGAACACGGUGGACCAAGACGGUCCGUCAUCACGCGAGAAAGUGCCAAUGCAUUUCUUUUAGGGAGCCCUAGUUGUUAAGUGGUCACCGCUGGAAGACGGUCUCCAACGCGGCAGUUAGAUAUCGUUUAGAGAAUUUUGUUGUUGUUAGACUGCGAAUGUUUAUGCGAACGUACGGAAAAGAAAUUGAAUUCCUUCGCUCGAUUCAGAGGUCGCAUAAAGAUCCGCAGACUUCGAUCAUCAGCGAUCGUAUUUCGUUUGGAAGUGGUCCGACGGGACCGAGAAUAUUGGAAUCUUCCAAAGCCAAUGAGACGCGUUGCCAAACGGAAUCGUGCUGUUGCUCGAAUCAGCUGCGAUUAGCGCGUUCGCUAUCGCGCAUUUGUCAACCGUAUCAGUUUCGAGUUUAGAAAAUGAAACUAGUUUAGCCGGAAUCACUAGAUUAUACUCUAGGCUCUUGUUUGUUAUGCGCCCCGGAUAUUUUGUGAAAAUACCGUCAGGCGUAACCGACGUGAAUCGGCAGUAGCGAACGCGUUAGCGAACCAAUAGCAGAGGUACGAUUUCAUUGAAGCGCCGUUUCGCGAGCGGACAGCGAGCGCAUUUAACGCGGCGGCCGCGCGUUUUCUCGGCGGCAGAAGGAUCGGUGUAAAUUCUAAUUGAUAAGCGGAGAGAGACGCGCGGCGCCGACGAUUCCCGCGUUGCGGCCGACCGACGCGGCGGCCACGGACGAAACCAAGCCGCGUCGCAACAGAUUGCGAUCCGUCGCGUGCCUCGUCGUCAUUGUUACUGUUUUUAUAGUUUUUAAACGAGACCAAUCCCCGAUUAUCAGUUGUUACUAUAUAGAUUAUCGCGAUUAUCGUUCUUUCCGCGUGCCCCCGCCGAGGAACAUGUGCCCGUGUUCCGAUGGGCGUGCGCGCAUUAUAUAAAUAUGAAUAUUUUUAAUAUCACUUACCGAUACAGUCACUGUAAGAGCAUACUAAUUUUAUGAAUUUUACUAUCGUCUUGUAUUUUUAUUCACGUAACAUCCACGAGACCAUUGCUAAUUAAUCUCUCCUUGUAUUACACUGCCGGUAUAGAGCGAUGAAUACCGCGUGAAAGUGAAUUAUGAGAUAACAAAUAAAUAGAAUUUCUACUGUACGUCGGUGUUUUAAUCGGUGACGCUUGGACGAUCGCGUUUUUAACUCUUUAUAUACCUAUUUUUGUACUCCAUAAACGCACGAAGAGAAAGUCAGUCUUUUGAAUAAUAGUUUAAUUUGAAUAAUAGAAAGUUUCUUUAAUAAUAGUCUCGUAAGAGAUCAUUGAUUUUUUAAUGACUGUUGAAUAACCGUUGGUAGGUAACGUCGAGUGUCCAUUUGCCAAUAAGCGAUCCAUUGUUCUUUCAACGAAACGACUGUACAAACCAAAUGAAACCAAUAGAAAGUAACUGGUACAAUUUAUACAAAAUUUGAAAUAUUUGUAGCGCACUAAGGAAUAUGAGACAUAAGGUUAGUUGUCUAAGUUUUCAAUGCUCUAUGGAUA